UAGUUAUUAUUAGCCAGGAGGCCAGGACCAGAAGCUAGGUUUUCUACUUUUCUUCGUCACCCCAACUGAAUUUGGUUGUCCGUCAUUGUGGAAAGAAAGAGAAGAACCGGGAAAAAAAUUCUAUUAUUUGUGCUGCUUCCACGGUUCAACUACCUGAGCCGUGCAAAAACACUCACAGAGUGCAGAAAGAGAUGGUGAGGCCUUAUGCAGUAAAAGGGAUUAAGCGAAAGAAGAAAGCGGAAAGAUACGAUAUAGAUGAAGGAGAAAUAGAAGAACAACAAGAGGAGAUGACAACGAAGAGAGCAAGACAAGAAGAAGAAGAAGAAGAAGAAGAAGAAGAAGAAGAAGAAGAAGAAGAAGAAGAAGAAAAAGAAGAAGAAGAAGAGAAGAAAGCAGAAGAGGCCAUAGUUGUGCUUCCGGGAAUUCCAGUAGCACCUUCCAAUAAGAAGACCAAGGCUGGGGUCAUCUUCGUCCUCGAAAAGGCUUGUCUGGAAGUCGCCAAAGUCGGAAAGACUUAUCAUAUUUUGAAUUCAGACGACCACGCCAAUUUUCUGCGGAAGAAUAACAGGAAUCCUGCAGACUACAGGCCUGACAUUAUUCACCAGGCUCUCCUUGCGGUUUUGGAUAGUCCACUUAAUAAGGCCGGGAUGAUAAAAGCUGUCUAUGUGAAAACUGGGAAAGGAGUACUUUUUGAAGUAAAACCAUAUGUUCGCAUGCCAAGAACAAGUAAACGAUUCUAUGGUCUCAUGUUGCAGCUACUACAAAAGUUGAGUGUGACUGCUACCGGAAAGCGUGAAAAACUUUUGCGUGUUAUCAAGAACCCUGUAACCCAGUAUUUACCCCCUGAUUCUCGUAAAAUAGGUCUCUCUUUUAGUUCAAAUAAGUUGGUUCAGUUACGGGACUAUGUUGCUGCAGCUGGCGAUGACCAGCAACUUGUUUUUGUGGUUGGUGCAAUGGCCCAUGGGAAAAUAGAUCAGGAGUAUACUGAUGAUUUUAUAUCAGUUUCUAAUUAUCCACUGAGUGCUGCAUGUUGCAUUGGACGGAUAUGCAACGCAUUGGAGUAUAAAUGGAAGAUCCUCUAGAUCCCAGUCUCUCUUCCCUCAGUAUCUGAGAAUUCAAUCAUAUACAUUGGCGGUUAUUGUGGUACAAUUCAUAAUAACGGCCUUCAUCAAGAAAGAAUUACUGCAAGUCAGAGAUAGCGAAACGUUGGGGACUUUUUUCUGAUGAAGUGGAAGAAGAGUAGUAAUUGAAGAUUGAUGAGAUGUAGGAUUUUACUCAAGAGAAUUGCAUAAUUUUGAAUCUGAUUGCUCCAAAUACACUAAUCCGUUGUACCAAACAUGGAAAAAUGUCAUUUUGUUUUGACACCCGACAGGGAAGAGUAACGAAAUGAUUGUGGAUAGUUGGGGCUUAAGAAAACUUUUAACUUUAUUGUUUUUUUGAGAAAGAAAAGCUUCAACUUUUUAGUCA